AUGGCUGUCAUUACCGAGAAGAACAAUUACAAACAACAAAAACAGGGUGAAAAUAUUUCAAUUUUGCCUGUUUUUUCCGAACCGAAGAACUGGAACUUACAGAUAUCCAAUUCAGGGGUUUCGAAGAAUGGCGUUCAAUCCGUUCAAGCAUCUGCGACUUCAUUUGGAUCAAAGAAUGAGACACGAGUAGACGAGAGUGAAAUCUAUACUCUUGAUGGUAUAAGAAGUUCUUUAAUUCGACAAGAAGAUAGCAUUAUAUUUAGCCUUGUAGAAAGAGCUCAAUUUUGCUACAAUGAGGAUACAUAUGACCCUAAUGCUUUCUUCAUGGAUGGCUUCAAAGGUUCUUUAGUUGAGUUCAUGGUCAAAGAAACCGAAAAAGUCCAUGCUCAGGUUGGAAGAUACAAGAGCCCUGAUGAACACCCGUUUUUCCCAAAAGACUACCUGACCUAUGUUGCCCCCAUUGGAAUACCCACAGAUAUUAAUAUUAACCUCAAAAUAUGGGAUAUAUACUUCAAAGAUCUUCUCCCUAGACUUGUAAAGGAAGGAAAUGAUGGUAAUUGUGGAUCAGCAGCAACCUGUGACUCCACCUGCUUGCAGGCCCGCCCUGUCUAA